AUGGAAACGCCAGAAAAUACACCGAAAAAGUCAUGGCCGCCAAACAGCAAUGGUGGCAGUGGUGCUGCUGCUGGAUAUGGAACGCCCCGACAACAGCCACCCAACGGAGAACGUGAAAAACAUGAACGGACACCACAAACACCUGGACGAGCUAUUGGUUCCCUGGUGCUAUUAACACAAAAAUUUGUGGAUUUAAUGAUAAGAAAUGGAGGGGAAAUUGAUCUCAAAGAUGCUGCUGACAUAUUAGAUGUGCAAAAACGUCGUAUUUAUGAUAUCACAAAUGUUUUGGAAGGAGUUGGUCUCAUCGAGAAGACACGUUAUUCCAGUGUUGUUCGAUGGCGAGGCGGCCUGAAUGGUCAAAAUGACGAUUCAAUAUGUAAAGCGGUGAAGGCACGUACCGAUCAUUUAAUAGCAUUGGAAGAUGAAAUUGACACACUAUUGGAUACCGCCCGUCGCAAUCUCAAAUAUGUCAAAGAAGAUGCUAUAAAUCGUUCAUUUGCCUAUGUUACCCGCGAUGAUUUACUUUCGGUAUUUGGUGACGAUGUGGUUUUCACAAUACCCCGUCACGACGAAGAAGUGCAAAUAGAAAAAAAUAAGAAUUCUUUAUACAUUUCAUUGGACAAUGGCAGUACAAUCGAUGUACGAUUAGUUACAAAUCAAGGACGCUGUAGUACAACAAAACCCGAAACAGAAUCUGCCCGGCAAUAUUCACGUUUGGAAACACCAUCACCCACACUAUCAUCAUCAUCGUCAACGUAUUCAACAACAUCGGGUACCCUGCAACAAACCUCCACCAAAGCAAAUCUAGUCAACGAAGAGCACACCUACUUUUGUAAUCCCGAGCUGAAAGAAGAAAUGGAGGCGUUGGAAAAUAAGCUGACCGCCCGAAUUGUAUUGCAAAAUUGUACGGCGGGUCAUUCGUUGAGACGAUUCUUUCCCGAUGAUCCAUAUAUGGAAAAUCCCCCUCUAAUGCCUUUGAAUCCGCCACAAAACGAUUAUCAUUUUGAUUUAAGUCAAGAUGAGGGUAUAUGCGAACUAUAUGAUAUACCCUGUUGUCCAUAAUAGUGU